AUGGCUAGUACUAUCAAGGAAGUCUUCUCCGAGAUUGCUCCGGCUGUUGAAUAUAGCCAUGGAAAGGUGACUGUCGUCGGAGUUGGACAAGUCGGAAUGGCCUGCGCCUACUCGAUUCUCCAGCAAAACAUUGCCAACGAGCUGUGUCUUGUCGACGUUGUCGCUGAUAAGCUCAAGGGAGAGAUGAUGGAUCUCCAGCAUGGUCUUGCCUUCACUCGCCACUGUACCGUUAAGGCUGAUACUGACUACUCGAUCACUGCUGGAUCGAAGUUGUGUGUCGUAACAGCAGGUGCUCGUCAACGCGAAGGGGAAACUCGUCUCUCGUUGGUUCAAAGAAACGUUGAGAUUUUCAAAGGAAUCAUCCCACAACUGGUCAAGUACUCUCCGGAUACUUGCAUUCUCGUCGUUUCCAAUCCAGUGGAUGUUCUCACUUAUGUCACCUGGAAGCUUUCGGGUCUCCCACGUGAACGCGUCUUCGGAUCUGGAACCAAUCUCGAUUCGGCCCGUUUCCGUUUCUUGCUCUCUGAGAAACUGAACAUCGCUCCAUCUUCAUGCCACGGGUGGAUCAUUGGAGAGCAUGGUGAUUCGAGCGUUGCCGUCUGGUCUGGAGUCAACGUGGCCGGAGUCACUCUCCACGAUGUCAAGCCAGACAUUGGAGAGAAAACUGAUAACGAGCACUGGGAGGCUGAAAUCCACAAAAAGGUGGUUGAUAGCGCCUAUGAAAUCAUCAAGCUGAAGGGAUACACCUCAUGGGCUAUCGGACUAUCCGUGGCGAAGAUUGCUCAGGGAAUUUUCAGUAACUCUCGCAAUGUAUACGCUCUCUCCACCAACGUUAAGGGAUUCCACGGAAUCAACGACGAAGUCUACCUUUCGCUCCCAGUCGUUCUCGGAUCUGCGGGACUCACUCAUGUCGUCAAGCAGCAUCUCAAUGAAGCCGAGGUUGAGAAACUUCACAAAUCUGCGAAGGCACUUCUUGAAGUUCAGAACGGAAUCGUUAUGUAA